AUGGCAAGCGAUCCCGAACCCCCCAUCAACACCCCAAGCGCCAACGACCACGCAAUCCAAGGCCAAUUCCAGCGCCUCCGUUCGCUCUUCAAAGACUUAGACUACUCUAGCCACCCGGAACAUUGGGACACGCUAUGGAAAGAAUCCUUCACCCCGUGGGACCGCGGCGGACCUAGCCAAGCUCUCAACGAAGUCCUUUCACUGCACCGGGAGCUCUUCCCAAGAGCCCCCAACAGUUCUGACGACUGGGACCAGCCGAGACCCAAAGCCUUAGUCCCUGGCUGUGGGAGAGGCCACGACGUGCUACUUUUGUCUGCACACGGCUAUGACGUCUUUGGACUUGACUCGUCUCCGGCGAGCUUGGAGGAGGCCAAGAAGAAUGAGAAGAGGGUCGCCGAGGAGGAAAAUGAGGGUAAGCGGAAGGAGUUGUAUGCGCCGAGGAAGGAGCUGGGCGUCACUACGAAGGGAAGGGUGAGGUGGGUGGCGGGAGAUUUUUUCGAGAAUGACUGGGUGAACGAUUCGGGAUAUGGAAAGGUGAAGAACGGGUUUGAUCUUAUUUUCGACUAUGAGUUCUUUUGCGCCCUUCCGGCUGAAGCACGCCCACACUAUGCCAAGAGGAUGUCCGAUCUUCUCAACCCGGACGGCGGAAGACUCGUCUGCCUCGAAUGGCCACUUGACAAGGACCCCUCAACCGGUGGCCCGCCUUGGGGUGUUUCGGGCGACCUAUAUCUUGCCCAUCUUGGGCAUCCGGGACAGGAAUUGCCCUACGAUGACAAGGGACGGGUGAUGAACGGAAGCGCGGAUACAACGCCAGGUGCUCUCAAACGGCUAGCACGUAUACAGCCCACAUGCACACACAAGGCUGGGUGUGACGACCAAGGAAACGUGAUUGAUCGUGUCUCGGUCUGGAGCCACCAGUAA